AAUUACGACAAGUACAUUUUUUUUUUAAUUCUUGUGUUAUAUCAUUAUUUCAAUAUGGUUGAGCGGAAGUUCUUCAAAACGAAGUUAUGCGUAUUGUAUCAAAGGGGUCGCUGUGUGCGCCAAACUUGCUCCUUUGCUCAUGGAGAUGCUGAACUGCGCCGAUCCCAUAACGGUUUAGUAUCGUUUUCCAUCAGAAUGGAUUAUGCUGAUUGGUAAUUCUUAAAGGCGAUUAUCGUAUUUUUCGUGGUGAACUUUUUCUUGGUUUAUCUUUGUGCAUCUAUGAAAUGGAAAAGUCUUAUUGAAGGAUCAAUAUUAGUUUUUUCUCGGAAAAUAUGCUCUUCCGCACCAUUGGGACCACAGGCCAGUUUGGCGAACAGUUGAAUGUAUUCCUAAAUCCUAAUAAUUUCUCCACUUCGUAUGCUCUUGGAGCAUGCGAUCAUCACGACAUUUUUAACAUCUCCUUCAAUGAUAUUGGGAAGGUAUUUCCUGGAUGGAGAUGGAUCACUGUAUGCAGUUUUUCAGGGAGUGGAAUGGAUUAUAACCAUAUCAUAAUAUGGCAUUCAGAAAUCAGUACCUAUCAGGUUGUAUUGCUUUUGGGAAGAGGAAUUCAAGGAAAUGGUGGGAGGGAUUAUAGAGUUAGUGACUUGAGGAAUAAACUUGAUAGGAAGCUUUCCCCACGACGAAGAUAUUCUCCAGGAAGUGAUGUAGGAGGUAGACAUACAUAUCACGGACUGAGCCCUGCCAGGUCUCUUGAGAAGGAAAGUGACAGAAAAUACAGGAAGAAGCAGCGCAUUCAUGGGCAAAAUGGAAGUUUGAAAAUCUUGGAUGGGAUUGGAGAUCAUGUUAAAGACAGAAAAAUUACUUCUUCAGGUUCCAAAACUAUCCUUCAGGAGCAGCUAAAAGAAGUACAGUCAAAUAUUAGCAUGCAUGAGCUCCAAAAACAUCAAUUAGAGAUUGAUGUGGAUGAGAAGGUUCAAGAAGCAGAUAUUCUUACUUCCAGGAUUAAGGAGCUUGAGACUCAACUAAAUAAGGAGAAAGAGGAGUGUAAAAGGAUAGCUUUGAAAAUCAAGAAAUUUAUUAAAGAACAUAACCGUCAUGUAAGGAUCCAAGAUGAACUUAAGAGAUCACAAGCACAACUUCAGAAGUUGGGUAAUCAGCUUGGCUCAGAUCCUACUAUAACUGGUGUCAAUGAAGAGGAUUCAACCAUCAAUGUUGUAAGUGAUGGAGAGACUGCCAAUAACCAUCUAGUCAGCUCACAUAAUGAUGUCCUGACUUUAUCUUCUCCAAAGAAAAAAAAGUUGCGUGGUGAUCGGGUCACUGCUGAAGAAUCCAUACAAGAAGCCAAUUUAAUGAAAGAUAGAGGACGGUGGGAUGAAUCUAUUACAUCGGAGAAAGUUUCUCGGUGGAAUGUGCACCCUUUUCAAUCUAAUGUUGGCAUAGAAGUUGAGGCUGUAAACAAUGGAAAUAGUGACCAAGGACCUUUAGUAGAUCAAGGCAAACUGAAGAAAAGAAAGUUUGUCUCUACCAACUUCCCUGCUGCAGAUAAGUUGACAAAUUUGGGAUCUGGGAAUGUGGUACCAUCAAUGAGCAUCGCCUCCCAUGCAAUUGAUGAAGAGGUUGAGAUUGAAGUGGAGAAGACUGAGCGGGUGGUUGAAAUGGCUUCAGCAGGAAAUGAUAAACAAGUAAUAAUGAAUGCCAAGGGGAUGCCAUUCAGACCUCCCCCUCCACCAAUCCCCAAAAAUGCUUAUCUAGAGUAUGUGGGUGAUGAUGAGAAUGUGGAUGUGGUGGGCUGAAGGGAGAUGGUGAUUCCUCAGGGUUUUACUUUUGGAGUAUAUUACUGUUGGAGUUGAUGUAUUUCCUAGUUCUCUUAAGAAACCUAAUAUUAUCUUAUGUAAAUCAGCAUCAUUAUCCCUUAACUCCAUUUUGCCGUUUCUGGGCACAAUGCUAGAACAUAGUACUAUAUUUAAAUGAAAAUUUUAUUUUGGUGA